UUUCAGACUAUAACGAGUAACUCGGAGGGUAAUUUCGAUAUUAUACGGUGAAGAAGUGCCUGAUUGAACGGCCAGUCGAUGUUACUGCGAACCACAGCAAAUCAGUCAUUCUGUCAUAAUUCCAUACUUGCCUCAUUAUUAUUAUUAUUAUUAUCAUUACUUUUGCUAUGUGCUAAACAAGUCACAGCGUCGAUUUUUGAACAGGCCAGUCGAAGCCGCUGUGAGCCUAUCGAAAUUCCGUUAUGUAAAGAUAUUCCAUACAAAUAUACUUAUUUCCCGAAUUCGUUGCUACAGCCUGAUCAACAAAGUCUACAAACCCAAACGGAGCAUUUUAAACCGUUGAUUAAAACGAAUUGCAAUCCGCACAUCAAAUUUUUCAUAUGUAGCGUAUUUGCACCAAUGUGUCCGGAACAUAUGCCUCAAGCGGUAACCAGCUGUCGGUCUGUAUGCGAAGAGGGAAUGUAUCCCAUUAAUACCUGUUUGUAUCAUUUAUCAUCAUGGCAUUAA